CUUCUCGAUCCUUUCCACCGGGAGUGCUGCCCGAAGCGUUUCGGGUACAUGGGCUCAUCAUCAUGAAGACCUUUCUUCGUCACGGUCACAUCCUUCGAAUCCUCCUGACAAUCACUGCGAUGGUCUCUAUCAAACAAGCAGAUGCAGGUGACUUUAUGCUUGUGGUGUCCUCCCAGAAUAACACCAUUUACGCGGGAAGCAUGGCGAAGCAACUUGCUGAUUUGUACAGCCUGCCCCUCAAAGGGGUCAUAGGACCUGAGGCAGUUGACUACGAUGCCACGGAGAAAAUGGUGUACUGGACUCAGUAUGACGGGACAGUCGGCAAACUCUCCAGGGCACAUCUCAAUGGAAGCAACCAAAUGACAGUCCUUGAUGAUCGCAUUCGACAUGCAUUUGGAUUGGCUCUGGAUGUGGAAGCAGGGCUGGUAUAUUGGACUGAUGAAUCUCUUGGACAAGUCGGACGAGUCCGUAUGGAUGGCACCGGGACAAAAGAGACGAUUAUCGAAAACCUUGACAGGCCUCGGGGCAUCGCCAUUGAUCACAGUCGAGGAUACAUUUACUGGACGGACGUGGGGAACAAUCCUCGAAUCGAGAGAGCAAACCUAGACGGAACAAACAGAACUACCUUGAUUGACGACAAUCUUGUGUGGCCCAAGGCUGUAAUCAUUGAAGGUUCUAACCUGUUCUGGUGUGACGGAUACCUAGACAAAAUCGAGCGGACCAAUCUCAGCGGCAGCAACCGCAGCAUUCUGAUAAACCUCGCCCGAUAUAAACCCGUUCAUCCCCACGAUCUGGCGAUAUACAAGGACUACUUAUACUGGAGUGAUCAAGUUAAAGAAGGUGUGGUGCGUGUCCACUUGAAUGGAAGAGGGGAGCAACGUUUUGGCCAGCAGCUCAUCAAAGGGAUACGGCGAAUUCACAUACAACUAGAGCCCGACUUCUGUGAAAAAACUCUCCUUGUCUCAGUGGAGGGACCUGCGAGGAUGUUGUAAACGGGUUUGUGUGUCACUGUGCCCCUGGUUUCUAUGGAGUGACAUGCUCUGAAAAUCCUUGCAGUAGUUCACCGUGUCUUAAUGGCGGAACCUGCUCCAUUUCGUCGGACGCAUUCGCCUGUCAAUGUCCGGCACCGUUCGAAGGACAAACGUGUGCGCUAGAUCCUUGCAGUAAUUCACCGUGUGUAAACGGCGGAACCUGCUCCAUUUCGUCGGACGGAUUCACCUGUAAAUGUCUGGCAACGUUCAAAGGACAAACGUGUGCGCAAGAAGAGGAAUCCACAUCGGUUGUGCCAAUAGUUGCAGGUGUGGGGGGAGCCGUAGUUGUCUUGUUGAUCAUUGUGAUCGUCGUCCUCAAGAGAAGGAAGAAGCCGCACACAAGAGGAAGUUAUUGAAGAUCCGACCUACAUGUAUGUUUACUCAUCCGACCUGCCUCAGGAGUAUUCCUGGUGUCCCAGACGAGUCAACAACCAGGGUUUUGUGUCUAACCACUUGGCACAGCGAAGAGCCAGAGCAGAGGCAGAUCUCCCCAAUCUACCAGACUACACUAAAUUGAAUAGCUAGAGUGAAAACCCAGUUUGGUAUUGCAACUGCGAAUGCACACUUUGAUGUUCAGUCUUUUCUGUUGGUAUGAUUCUGCAUGCUUUGGUGGACAACUACGACAACGACACGACAGACUACACAACAGCGACAAUUAGUGGUUGGAAUACAGAAAGACUUUUUGUACACGAUUUACCUUGUCUCUAGUCAAAAACGAAUACACCUACACUUCCACAUUAUGUUAAAUCGUUUCAGUUUCUGUUAAAAAAAGCCUUUUAAAGUUGACUUUUAAUUUUCAAGUAUCGAGUACUGCGUCUUUUUUAUAACCAGUACUAAGAAGUGGUAGGAAGAAUUUAUCCGUCAGUUUCGACUUACACCUAAAGACCACAGAAAGUCAUGUCACAAAUUAAUUUCCAGAACAAUGUUUUCUGAUCAAUUUUUUGGGGGGGGGUUAGGAGAGGUGCAUUGAAGUAGUGUAGUGGAUUUGAUCAAGUCACUCUUUAAUGACCUCUCAAAAAGCUAACACUAAAUUAAUUAUUGGGAGCUUUUAUGCUUAUAGUUGAAAAGCGAUCAUUGGCAUGGGCACCGUAGCCCCCUCCCCGGACCUGCCAAUAUAACUGUUUUGCGAAUUAGUGUGAAAUGUAGUACUUCAGAACAGUAACCAUCAAUCAUUCUGUGCAAGACUGAUGACAGUACUCGUAACAUGUUUGCUCCGGUCUCGGAGUAACCCGCCCCCUUCAAUAAUUCUUCGCCGCACAGGUUUAGCAGUACUGUAGCCGAGUCCACCACGAGUCCACCACUAGUCAUCCAGUCUUAUCACAAGUCACAAGCUCUUCAAAAUGAAGAGUGAGAAAAGCAUUCCGUUAUCGUCGUUUACCAGUGUUGACCUUUCCAGCAAAGAGAAAGGAAAUGUGGUUUGAAUUGUGAAUGGACUUGUGAUGGGCUCGAUAAAAGCACAGAGGUCAAGGGCUGAGAAUAUAAGAUGUCACUUUGGCGCCGACAGUUGAACUAUUAAAAUGGAGCACAAAUUAGGCCUUGAACAUUAUUUUGGACACAGUCGCCUUUUGCACGCAUGUGCAAACGACGACUGUGUCCAAACGCCUUAUAGCCGGCAUCUUUCGCAAAUGUCUUUCAAAAACAGAUGCCGUAGAUGUAUACUGAUAAAACUACGCUUACACCCUUGAAGCCUUUCUAAGAUAACGCUGACUCUAUGUUGGUCUGUUUAAGGUACCAGGAUGGGCCCCAAUUACGACUAGUUUCUGCAACUGAUGGCUGUCACAUGCAUUUUAUGUCUACCCAAGUAAAGAUUUCUGAUCCAAUAUCUGAAUAUGCGUGUUGCGUGACUUUAGUUGUUAGAUGUAUUUUAGAAGUAAAUUAUCUUAAGGUAUACAUUUAUCCAAGUUAAAGUAAUUUCUGCAUAGGCCUUUGCAGGUUUAAAGGCCCGAUGAUGCAUUUCACUGUAAUUCCUGGAAAGCGAAGUGGAGAUGCUUAUGAACGACUAUGAGACUUCAUAGCUUACCAAUAAAUUGAAUACGUAGCUUUCACUUAGCUUAAUGUUUAGAGCGUCACAGAGUAUAACGUGCCAACUUAUUGCUGCUUACUCAGUUGCUGUUGUAGAGCAUUUUAAAGUAUAACAUACAGUAUACUUGUUCUUAGUAACUCAUAAGUGUUGAGAGCAUAAUCAGAUAUAACAAGGUCACAGUUGAUAUAAAUGCAUCAUUACAAGCUUGUCUCCAACUCGUCUGAUUUUAACGGUUUACACGUACUUGUUCUGUAUAUUACGGUAUGUAUUAACGUGACCUUUUUUGCCUUUCAUUGCAAUGUAAUGUAACAAUGUGAUGGUGUUAUCGGUGCGAUUAUUAAUCCUGAUAAAGAUUCACUGAGAUUGGGGACCAUGUUGAAAUAUGUAAGGAGUAAAGAGUGAGUGUUGAGCUUUAAAUUUGUUUGAUUGCUUGUUUGGACAAAAAUGUGUUCAAGGGGACUGUCAAAUACGCAGAUUAUAGGCAACCCUUCAGAUAUUUGAGGAGAAAGAGAAAAUCGAAGCCAGCUGAGCCGAAAAGGGGUAAACUUCUCUUUCACAAAGUUCCUAUAACUAUGGAGUAUAAUGCAAUAAAAUACUUAGAUUAAUGCGCUAGUAUCAAA